CUGACAGAGCCGGCAGGGUGGCUCCAGUCUGACUGACGCCUGGCUGUGCCCGUGCGCUACUGCUCCUCCUCCCCUUUCUGCAGCCCAAAUCACUCCGCAUGCACCGAGGCCGGAGGGACCAGCGCAGGGCAACAGAGAUACAGGACCUAUGGGCAGAACCUUGAGAGAUGUCUAAGUUUUUCCUUGAGACAUUUUCUUGGGCUCCUUCUGAUAGAGAAUAAACUGAAGAACGUGUGCAAGUAUCCUUGAGGCCUGCACUCAUUGCUUCUCUGGCCUCUAUCUUGGUUUAAUCUCAGGGUAAACUCAGCGAAUCCUAUGCACGCCAGCACUCCCAUCAGCUCGUUGUUCUCCUUCACUAGCCCUGCUGUCAAACGGCUGCUUGGCUGGAAGCAAGGAGACGAAGAAGAAAAAUGGGCAGAGAAAGCGGUGGAUUCGCUUGUGAAGAAACUGAAGAAGAAGAAAGGAGCAAUGGAAGAACUAGAAAGGGCUUUAAGUUGUCCGGGGCAACCUAGUAAAUGUGUCACUAUCCCACGGUCACUGGAUGGGAGGUUACAGGUGUCACAUCGCAAAGGCCUCCCUCAUGUCAUCUAUUGCCGGGUUUGGAGGUGGCCUGAUCUGCAGUCCCAUCAUGAGUUAAAACCAAUGGAAUGCUGUGAGUUCCCUUUUGUGUCCAAGCAGAAGGACGUGUGCAUUAACCCCUACCACUACCGUAGGGUGGAAACACCAGUGUUGCCCCCGGUGCUUGUUCCAAGACACAGCGAGUUCAACCCACAGCUGAGCCUUCUGGCAAAGUUCCGAAACACCUCACUGAAUAAUGAACCACUAAUGCCGCACAAUGCAACUUUCCCGGAGUCUUUCCAGCAGCCGUCAUGCACUCCAUUCUCUUCCUCACCAAGUAACAUGUUCCCUCAGUCCCCAAACACAGUGAGCUAUCCAGAUUCUCCUAGGAGUUCCACCGACCCAGGAAGCCCAUACCAGAUCACAGAGACGCCCCCUCCACCAUAUAAUGCUCCAGACCUUCAAGGGAAUCAAAACAGACCAACUGCAGACCCAGCCGAAUGCCAGUAUGUUUUGUCAGCUCUGAACAGAGACUUUCGCCCUGUUUGCUAUGAAGAGCCUUUGCACUGGUGUUCUGUUGCUUAUUAUGAACUGAAUAACCGAGUAGGGGAGACGUUCCAAGCCUCCUCGCGCAGCGUCCUCAUUGACGGAUUCACAGACCCCUCCAAUAACAAGAACAGAUUCUGCUUAGGGCUUCUCUCAAACGUCAACCGCAACUCCACUAUUGAAAACACCCGCAGGCAUAUCGGAAAAGGGGUCCAUCUUUACUACGUGGGUGGAGAGGUGUACGCAGAAUGUGUGAGCGACAGCAGCAUUUUCGUACAGAGUCGCAACUGCAAUUACCAGCAUGGCUUCCAUCCUUCCACUGUCUGCAAGAUCCCCAGCGGCUGCAGCCUCAAGAUAUUUAAUAACCAACUAUUUGCCCAGCUUCUUUCCCAGUCCGUUAACCAAGGCUUCGAGGUGGUUUAUGAACUGACGAAAAUGUGCACCAUUCGAAUGAGCUUUGUUAAAGGAUGGGGAGCAGAAUACCACCGACAGGAUGUAACUAGCACCCCCUGCUGGAUUGAAAUCCAUUUACAUGGGCCUCUCCAGUGGCUGGACAAGGUUCUGACGCAGAUGGGCUCACCGCAUAAUCCAAUCUCUUCUGUAUCGUAAACUCUCCACAGCCACAUAUCAUAGGCAAUAGCAUAACUGGUACUAUCUGCUCUUUAUAUAAAAGAGCACUUAAUGCCAGUCACAAGGCUCCAUAACCUUUAAUCUGUUCAGGGAUUGGAUAAAUUCCACCCCCUAUAACACCACUCUUAUAUAAACCACUUCCCUGUUCCUUUUCGUGGCAGUGGUUACAAGUCCACGCAGUCCAGGAAACAGACCGACCUUUGGGGUUACAAAAGGAAUAGAGCCCAAUGGCAAGGGAUGAGGAUUGGAUCAGGGAUAGGUUUUUAGUAGAAUGGGGCGUGGCUAAGCAUUCUUUCUUUAGAUUUUGUUUUUUAAUGGGUUACCAUUAUACUUAGUUACAUUACACUAGGAGCCCAGCUGAAAGAGGGCUAAGCACCCAGUACUAUGGCUGCUCGUGUUUUCUGAUGGUUGGCCUGCCAUAAAAAAAUAAUUUCCAAAUACACUUCUUCGACACUCUGUCAAUUUUCCCAUUGACCCUUUAUAUCUGAAUUAGUGAUGUGCGGGCCGGUCCGUUACCUGUGGGUUUGGGCCGACCUCACACUCUUCUUCGCGGGCGGCGACCACCGUCAAAUGACAGUUUCCAACUUCCGGGUUUGUCUUUUAUAGACGCUGCACCUGCUCACCCCGCCCCUUUUGUGACGUCAUCGACAGGGCGGCGGGUCUAUAAAAGCAACCCGGAAGUCGGAUGCGGGUUAGGGCCGGGAAAUCUUGACCCGCGCAAUCAGUACAAUCUGAAUACUUUAUGUCCUGAAACUUAAAUGGAACUCUGUGAUUACCCUCUAGUUGUCUGGUAUGAAGGGAUGUAUAUAUUUCUAUAAACGAGUGAUAUACUGGUGAUGGACGAAUCUGUCCUGUUUCGCUUUGCCCAGAAAUUUGUGAAAUGCCGAAAAAAUUUGCACAACGGCAAAAAAUUUGCAAAACAGGCAACAAUUUUUACACGCACAACUCUUUUGUCCAAAUGCAUUAAAGUCAAUGGGCGUCUGAAUAAUUUUGAUAAUUUUUUUGUCGUGGCGAAUUUUCUCAGCAGUUUCGUGAAGACAUUUGCCAUUGGCUAAAUCCAUAAAAUUCGCCCAUCACUAGUAAUAACUGCAUUCCAUGAGCUGGAACAUGCAUCCUGGGAUUAGGAAGAAAUUAAGUGAUUGGGGCCUGACCCUCACCCUUAGAAUUUGCUGCAAUGCAAAAGCCGAUAUCCAAUCAAAGGGGCAGAACCCAUGUAUCUUAUAUAUUAAAGAGCCCAGUCAUCUUUAAGCCCUUACCAUUGCCAUUUUUUGUCAACCGGUAGCCAUUUUCCAUGUACAUAUAUGCAUUUCAUUAAUGUGUUUUUAGUAUCAUGAUUAGAUGUUGAUGUCUUUUUUUUAUAUACUGUACAUACUGUUUCUAUGGAGAGAGCACUUCACCAGUACUGACUAUAAGAAUAAGGGCAGAACCGCUUCUCAGACGGACAAACAACGUAAUCCGGCUCCAUGCACUUAUACACGGUACUUUUUUGGACAAUUUAUGCUUUUUUUAAGAAUUAUUUAAAUAUUUUUUAGAUUAUUCCUUACCGCCAGUCCCUCUAUUGCUCUAUAUUGCAUUGUAAGGGUAAAGAUUUUUAUAUCUGUUUUUUUGUAUAGUGAACUAGAGAUUAAGAUUUACGUUCCGACAUAUAUAUAUAUAAUAUAUAUAUAUAGGGAUCUUGCUGCUUGAGCAUCUGCCAGCUCUUUGAUUCACACCCGGCCUCUCUGGUUCUGACUCACUUAAUUAUAAUGUUAACUAGAUUUGUGUAAAGCUGAAUAAAGAACAGAGUACCAGCACGUCCUCUGCCCCCGAUAUGGAACGGACAGUUGGUUCUGAUUGGGUUUCUUUACAGCAUUAUAUAUAUAUAUAUAUAUAUUGAUAUCUAGUGUUCCUGGCCAAGUAGUCCCUGUAUCUCAUCACCUGCUUCUAGUGUGUCAGCUGUGUGGGAUAUACUGUAAUAUCUAAGCUAUACCCUGUCUGGUGUUGAAUGCACUGCAUCAAUCAGCUAAUAAAGAAGUAAGAUACAACA